AAGUCAUCAUGCAGAAAGGGCCUAGGUGCCCCGAAUAACAUGACAACAAUACAGGUGUCCCCCUUCCCACACAGACAUUCUAGUGCAAGGUGGUAGGAUCGGAAAGGAUAGCAAUGCAGUGUAAUAUACUAGAUAGGAGCUGACCAAUCAGCUCUGUCUGCCUUGCGUUUCACGCUGGAACGCAAACACCCUCUUCCCGUGUCGCAGACUCUGGUUUCCAUGGUGACCGUCGCGGCUUCCUGCUGUUGCUGCUGUGUGACCCCCGUGAUCAGAUCAGUGAGCGGUAUUAGCUAGAUUUCAGAAUGACUCUUGAGAUAAAAGGAGUAGCCGCCUCUCCGAGAGGUCAUACCCAGCCUUCGUCAAAAUCUCAUCCUGCCAAGGGCUGGCGAUCACAGUCACAGGCUGCUGAAAGUCGACCACCUGAAGUCCCUUGCCUUGACCUCGGAAAACUUGGGGAUUCGGAUGAUGAGGAUUCAUACUUUCCAUUAAGUAAAGGAUACCCAAGGUUUGGUCCUCCAGAUUCAUCUUCCACUGUUAGUUGGGGUACACCACUUAAUACUCCAUAUGCUCAACAUUACCAAAAACCGCAGACCGUUACAAGACAAGUUCCAGCCAACAAUGAGACUUCUCUCAAACAGCUGAGAACAGUUCCUGAGAACUUGCCAUCACCAUCAGACAGAUUCCGCUUGAAGUACCAGCAGUAUGAAGAGGAGAUGAAGAACGACUAUAAACAGUACACUAUGAGAGGAAAGGCCAGAGAUACACAGCAUUCUGCAAGACAGGAGCAAGCAGGACCACCCGAGGAACAAGGUUUUGGCAUUAUAACACCGUUGGAUAAUAAGGUUUACCUUCAGCAGUGCUAUACCAGCAAACCGUAUUCGGCACAGCAUAGCCUCAGGAAACUGGAAGCUGAGGAUAUGGCUGCAGAGAGAAGAAAACAGGCUGUUGUAGAGCAAGUUAUGAUAGACCAGCUCUCUAGGGCUGUUAUCAGUGACCCAGAGCAAAAUGCAAGUUCAUCCAUUCUGAAUAAUCCUCAGCGAGAUGUAACAUCUGCCCCUCUCCGCUUCAAGAACAGAACCUUACAUGAGACCAAGAUAAAAACAAGGUCAACGUUAACAGAAAACAUGUUGUCACACAAGCUAUGCUUUGAUGCAAGAAUUAUAUGCAGAAAUGGGCGUGAUGCCUGUCGGGAACUUAUUGGGUUCUUUUUCGCUUAUGACAAAUCUGUUACCAUCUAUGAAUAUCACCAGUUUGGGAAGAAUAGGACAAAUGCUUUACCCUUCAUCCAGAAAGGAAUUUAUUACCAUAGUUGUGGACGAAGAAAGGGGAAACCCUAUGCCCUUGAUGAUUUUUAUCCUGGUGCAAACCUCACUUUUCUCACAGUGGAUCAUCAAAGUCUUUCGGAAAGCUUAAAGAAAAAUCUUAUACUUACCAUACGAAUCACAGCCGUGGAUGAGAGAGCAAUGAAGUCCUUGAGGGUCAUGUUUGAAGAAAAUAAUUGUGAACCUGGGGUUCACUGGAAGGAUGACGAAAACAUUCUUUUAGCAGUACAAGAUGCAAUGAAGGAAAAGUUGAGGAACAGAAGUGUUCGAACUCUAACGGGUUUGGGGAAACACUUCCGACAACUUGACAAGAAUGGAAGUGGAUACUUAGGGAAAUCGGCGUACAGACAGGCUCUGAAAACCUACCACUUAGAUAUGUCCGAAAAAAUGUUUGAAUCCAUAUGGGAUAUUCUGGAUGAAAACAACGAGGGAAGAGUUGAUUAUUAUAUAUUUGUCCAUGCUUUUGUGGGAGAAAUGAAUGAGUACAGAAAAUCAUUGGUUCGAAAGGUCUUUAUGAAACUGGACCCAAAUAAAACUGGUGCAGUGUCUAUGGUUGAUGUGAGAAAGUUUUACUGUGCUAAGAAGCAUCCCCAAGUAUUGGAAGGUUCUGCAUCAGAGGAAGAAAUCAAAUCUGCAUUUUUGGAAACACUAGAGAGUGCAUGUACUAAUCCUCAGGAAGUAUCCUACAGUGAAUUUGAAGAUUACUAUGAAGGACUGAGUAUUGGCAUCUUGAGUGAUGAAGAUUUCAUUAAUAUUUUAAGGAAUUCCUGGGGCAUUUAGGGAACUGUGCACCGUACUAGUGACCUGUAUCAAGAUCUACCCACAUUAAAGCUAAAGCACAAGCUUUAACUUUAAUUCUUAAGAUUAGAAUCAUUGAUGUGUUAAUACACAGUUUGAUAAAGCAGCGAACUUUCUUUAAAGAUUAAGCCUGUGUUAUUUGUAUUUGCAGGUAUCGCAAACAUGAAAAAUAUUCUUAUUUUUAUUUGAUUUAGCCUUAAAAAAGGUAAAUGGUGGAAGAAGCUUAUCACAUCAUUUGUGGAGAUGAUAUAUUUACUAAAUGUAUAAAAAGUACAGCUGUAAGUUUAGAUGAAAUAGAAAAGAUUAGAUGCGAUGGGUAAAGCAUGUAAGCAUUGCCCUUAUUCUUUUUUUUUUACCAUGAAAGAUUAGGUUAUUUUUAAAGGGGUGAUAAUAAAGUACAUCACAAAACUCCAUGCAGAAGAAUAAACAGGUCCCCAAUCCAUCACUAUGUGAUGCAUUAAGUAAAAAAUAAAUAAAAAUCCCUAUACUUUCCUUAAAGCGGGGGU